ACGGCGUGAUCAAAACCAAGAGAUGAUCACCUCCUUCGUGAGAAAUUUAACAAGACAUCUUCCCGCACUUCAUCGUUCCUCGCAAUGACGGAGCGCUAUCCUUUAGCCGAGAAGGCCAUGUCGGAGGGCUACGCUCGGCUCCGGUUCAGGGACACGUCUCUGCUGAUUUGGCAACAGCAACAGCAGGAUCUGGAGAAAGCGCCUCCGACCAAUUACCUGAGCCGCAGUCAGAGCUCGUGGUACAGCCAGUAUGGCAACCAGGCAGUCGUGGUCCAGGACAAAACAAGACUAAAAGACUCUGGCAACACUGGACAGUCCCGAAUUUGUGCUGUUAUGUGAUGGUGUUGUGACUACAACACACACAUUUGAUCUUUAUGUCCAGUCAAAAAUACUGUAAUUUGUCCACAUGUCAUUAUUCAGACAAGCUGGUGGGCAAGUCUACACAGUGCUUCAUGAACAAAGCAUCAGUAUUUUACCAUUUGCAAAGUGCAAUAGCAGUAUGAGGGAAC